AUGUAUCAGGAGCUUCCACCACCAACACCACCCGUUGCCGCCCUCCGUCCACGUGCCUGUUGCCACCACGCGCUCGGAUUCUGGCGGGAAGGGAAUAACGGUAGAAUCCCACAGCGGCAGACCCGCCAAGGCCAAGCGACUCGGGAAGAGUCUAGAGCAGAGGGUAUAGAAGCUAGGACAGUUGCAUGCUCCUCUUGUAGAAUGUCUUAUAAAAUGGAAGUCAAAGUCAGAGAUCUUGUUGCUAGAGGAUUUUAUAGAGACAAGAUAUGGAUUCAGUGUGAGAAUGAAAAAUGCUUGAAGUGGAGACUUCUAACAAAUAACGAUGCAGCACUUGUGGAUUCAAGCAAGCCUUGGUACUGUCACAUGAACAGUGACUCUUGGUUUAAUUGUUGUUCUGUACCUGAAGAAAGAUACCCUGAGGAAUCUGUAUUCCACAAGUGUGGACAGAAGUUUGUCUACUCGCAACUUCCUUUGGGAAGCCUGGUUUUAGCCAAAGUGUCAGGAUGGCCCAGCUGGCCUUCCAUCCUUUGUCCAGAUGGUUUUACUGGACAAUAUGUCAUAUAUGAUGAAGAUGGCUUUGUAGAACAGUAUCACACAGAGUUCUUGGGAAAGCCGCACACUACAAGUUGGGUUGCAGUGCAUUAUGUUGAACCCUAUGGCACAGGCAAAUUGGUGGAAAAUUUAAAGAAAACCAGACAGUGGUAUAAAAGUGCAUUGGAAGAAGCCAAGGUGUUGUCAAGCCUUAGUUCUGAAGAGAGACUCACAACAUGCCAUCUGAGCCAUCAAGGUAUGAAGAAGCCAUUUCAUAGAAAGAACAGAAGAUUUGCACAAAACAAAUUGGUUGAAAACAAUGUGAAUCUGAAUAAGAUCAAAGGCUACAAGAAGUUAAAAAGGGAGAUCAACCAGUCUACAUCAAGAAGGCCCAAGAGGAAACUUCAAGUAGAUGCACAGGAAUCUUCACCAUUAAUUGGUCGAAAUGAUAUGUUAACAAGUGAAAGCAGGGAUGUUUUACAGGCAGAAAACUUAAUGCAAGAUUUAGAAGAAAUGCUGAAGCAAAUUAAAGAAUCUGACAUGUGUACUAAAUCACUCAUGAUGGAAAAGCAAGAACGCAGCAAAAAGCAUCAGGAAUAUAAGUUAUCUGACUGGAAAGCUACAACUUUUCAAGAGACCGCACUGAAAGUUUCCACAGAUGAUGAAAAAGAUUGCAUAUUAAUUGAUGGAAUAGAAUUUAAGACUGGGAAGUGCAUUGAAGAAAUCACAAAUCAGUUGAAAGAGAUUGAUAUUAUUAUGGCUGAGCUGGAAGUGUGCCUUUAA